AUGGAAACCGGAGCCUGUUUAUAUAUAAAACUCAGGGUAGUCAGCUCCUUACAAGGAUUGGUUUCUCCUCACCUUUUUUUUGAUCGUGAUUGGAAGAAGAUUGAAGCAUUUGUUGGGUCCAAGACAGUAAUCCAGAUCCGUAGCCAUGCCCAGAAGUAUUUCCUAAAGGCUCAGAAAAAUGGGACAGCUGAACAUGUGCCUCCACCUCGGCCGAAAAGGAAAGCGGCUCAUCCGUACCCACAAAAAGCUCCGAAAAAUGUUGCCGUUGUACCCCAAGUCGCAGGGCCAUUUCAAUCGUCAUCUGUAUUACAUGAAUUUGGUUAUACCUACAGACCAGAUUCAUCACCAGUGCUCGGAAAUCCAAUUCCCAAGACGGCUUGGCCUUCCUGGAGUUAUGACUCUGUGCCGCCUGUCACUGUGUCCCAAGUGACUAAAGAUAAUGCUAUAUUUUCCGGACCAAAUUUUGCACCCAACUCUUGUUACAGUAGUAGUAAUGAAAGCACUCCGAGAGCUUGGUCAUUUGGCGAAACAAUUGCCCGAGGGGAUAAUGGGAAGCAAUCUAGAGUUUUGCCAGAUUUUUCUCAGGUGUACGCUUUCAUUGGCAGUGUCUUUGACCCCGGUGCAAGCGGCCACUUGCAGAAGCUGAAGGAGAUGGGCCUGAUAAAUGUCAAGACAGUGGUGAUGUUGACGAGAAACCUCACUGCCAAUUUGACGAGCCCUGAGUUUGAGGUUCAUAGGAGGUUGCUUUCAACGUAUGAAGCGGGAUCCAAGACUGUUAAUCUCGGUAGCUCCUACAAUGGCAUUCGCACUUGCAAAUCAGCAACUGCUAUUCCAACUGCAUAAUAACAUACGAACACCAGGUUGCGAGAAAAA